CGGGUGCUCAUUCCGAAAAAAGUGUAGUAAACCGUCUGCCGGGGAUAUUAACCUUACCAAACUGUUGUGCUUGAAUAGGUUUUCCAAAGUUAGCAAAAGUACUUAAUUACAUUGAAAUAUAAAUUAUUGUGAGGAAAAUAUCCCAAAUUUCUGCUGUGCCCCAAGUAUCUUUCUGACGCCGUGCUGUUGUGUCCAAGAGCUGUGUGGGUGUGUACGUGCAUGCUUACCUACGUGUGCGCUUGUGACCGGAACCGAGUGAAACUGUGCUCGCCUGGCUCGAGCCACGAAUGCUUAGAUAGUUCGCACUUAUCGAUUUGUCCGGAGUGAACCGGAAAGAUCCCGGCUAGAGAAGUAUAACAGGAAUAAGAAAAAAAACCCUUCUAACAACCAACGCUAUCGACGGUGUGUUUGUGUGCGCAAGCUGCAAGUGUGUCCUUGUUGCGUUUUCCUUCUAAGGAAAGGUGACGUGUUGUGCCCGCUGGCCGGAACCGUGGAAAUUAAUUCUUACAGUGGGGUGAAAACCCAACGUGUCUGUUUGUUGUGUGCCAACCUCUGCCUCCGGAUCUUCUUGCGGGAGGGAAUUAAGGAGUUCGAGUAAAAAUGACAUCAUUCUUCAACGUUGGUGCCCUGGGGGGCAACCCAUUUUCGACGCCCGUUGGGCAGAAAAUAGAACAAGCGACAGAUGCUAGUCUGGCCUCGGAAAACUGGGCACUAAACAUGGAAAUCUGUGAUAUGAUUAACGAAUCGUCGGACGGUGCCCGUGACUCGAUGAAAGCGAUACGCAAGCGGUUGACACAAAACGCGGGCAAAAAUUAUACCGUCAUCAUGUACACGCUGACGGUGCUGGAAACAUGCGUAAAGAACUGUGGCAAAGCGUUCCACGUGCUGGUCGCAAACAAAGAGUUUAUCCAGGAGUUGGUGAAGCUGAUCGGUCCCAAGAACGAUCCACCACCGAUCGUGCAGGAAAAGGUGCUGAGCUUGAUACAGAUCUGGGCCGAUGCGUUCCGUUCCCAGCCCGAGCUGAACGGUGUCGUUCAGGUGUAUCAGGAACUGAAGAAUAAAGGCAUCGAAUUUCCGGCUACGGAUCUGGACGCAAUCGCACCAAUUUACACACCGCAAAGGAGUGUCCCUGAUGGUGCUCCAGCAACGGAAAACGUUAGCACUCUUCCGGUUUCACCACAUCAUCAUGCGUCGCAGACGCCAGGAUCGCCAGCAAUGCCUCCACCGUCCUCGAUGUCACAAGAUCAAAUCGCAAAACUGCAAUCAGAACUAGACAUUGUGGCCAUGAAUAUGUCCAUUCUCGGGGAGAUGCUAACCGAGCUAAAGCCGGGCCAAGAAGAUGCAGCAGAUUACAAGUUGUUAAACGAUCUUACUUCUACUUGCCGAGAAAUGCAAAGCCGAAUCGUCGAUCUGAUCGGAAAGGUACAGCAUGACGAGCUUACGGCGGAACUGCUGCGAUUGAACGAUGAGUUAAACAAUCUUUUUCUCCGGCACGCCCGGUACGAGAAAAACCGUGACCCGAAGAAUGCUUCCAGUGCGACACCAUCUGCCAUUCUCGGUGCAGCUCUCGGGGCGGUCGAAAUGCGCGAUCCAUCGUUGAUCGAUCUGAGCGAGGAAACGGGCGCUACCGGUGGUAGUGCACACGCGAACGUUAGUUCACAGCUGGCCGGAUUAAGUCUUGCCGCGGCCGGUUCAACGGCAACCGCAUCGUCACAGCUGGCCCAACUAACAAGCGUUACCGCUCAGUCCGGUUCGGCGAUGGUAUCGAAGUCACCGAACAGAACAACCACUAAGGCUGGCAGCAACAACAUUCCACCGGACGUCGUAUCGGACGAGUUCGAUAUGUUUGCCCAAUCACGAAACACUACCGGUGAUAAAGAACCUUCCAGAUUAGAUCUUUUGGGAGCGACUGCAGGCAACACAGCUUUGGGCACGCGGGAAUCGGAAUUUGACGAGAUUGAACAGUGGCUGGGCAAUCCGGAUGAUAUUGACCAUCUCGAGGCGCAAAUGGCCGCUGCCGGAGCGAUGGUUGGUGAUGGUGCUGGUGCCGGUACCGGUGCGGAGGAAAGCUUAACGAGCAAGGAGUUCGAAAAGUUCCUCGCCGAACGGGCGGCCGUUGCUGAAACCUUACCGACGAUCAGUAGCAACAGUAGCAGUAACAGCCCAGCAACCACGGCCAAAGAUCGUAAGAAAAAGUCGGACGAAACCGAUGGCCUGUUAGCACUGUGAAAUGUGGCAGAGAGUGUGUUCUUAACGAACCAGGCAGGGAAGCUAACGUAGCGGAAAGCAGGGCAUUUGUAGCAGGGCCCCAACAGUUGUUUUCUUUUACAUUUUAUUUCUGUAAUUAUUGUUUAAUAAUUCUACUUAGUUUUCCCCUAUUGUGGUACUAGUUUUUGUUUUGUUUGUUGUUUUUUUCACAUUGUGAAUUCCCAUAGAACUUUAGAACGGGGGGUGUGUAAGGUACACGCAGAUAGAAAGUUUGAUGAAAAAUAUUAAACAAAAAAAGCCAAAAAAAACAUCCAAAUUGGAAAAUGUUACGAGACCGGCAAGUGUAUUGUUUUUUUUUGCGUUUCGUUUCGCUUCUGUUUCUGCGCAUUGAUUCGAUGUGCGAAUGUGAGCCAUAUUAUAAAUACAAACACAUAUUAGAGCUACGUGCGCAGAACGUAAAGCAAAGAAUGCACUGCAUUAUGUCGGGCAAAAACAAACAAAAAAACACAACAAACAAAGACGCAUCGUAGAGAAGGAAAAAUAUAUUUAAUUGUCAACUAGUUGUAUUUAUUAAGGUGAAACACACAAUCCUUCGUUCAGUCAAAGGGGAAAGAAACAAGGGAAAUCGUUGUGAAGGAUUGUAAAAAUCAAACAUUACUAAAAAAUGUUUGUAAAUCUGUUUAAGGAGAGGGAAAAUCAUCGAUGGAAUUACAUAUUUUGUUCCCUCUUUUUUAUAUUUCAAAUUGCGAAUCGCUGUUGUUAGCUUUUUUCUUCAAUUCAUUUUCUUUCAAUUUUCUGCAGUAAAAAUACCCAUGCAAACUGCAGGUAACCCUCUUAUAUCCAUAAAACCCACCUAUGGCGUAACACGUUGAAUGAAUUGGUUAUUACGAGUGAAGAAGCACGAUGAUUUACGGAUGCGAAAUUACAACAAUGUAAAGGAAUUAAUGUUCUUCAUUCUCGUGGGAUGUGCGCUGACCAGCUUUAAGUGGAAAGCAAAUUCAAAACGGAGCUCGCUUUUCAAUGUACGUAACAACAGUUAUAUCUCAGUUUCUUGCACCUUAAAAGGAUGUACAUGCAGUUUAAUUCUUCUUUCCUAAAUGCUAAACAAAAUUAAAAUAUUGUCCAAUAAAGUACGCAAGCAACUUCAAGCUAGAAUAAAA